UCCACGGUCGCUCCCCCUCUCGGCCUCCUCGUUCCAUGUCCAAACUCCUCCCUCACCUCCUCAAGCCCCUCCGUCCACGUCCAAAUACCUAUUACCUCGACCCUCGAGCCCGCAAGCUUACCGAGUCCGUCGUCGGUAUUCUUCUCUCUCGCCAUGCCGAUCCCCAGUGGGAGGAAACCCUCGCCGAGAUCUUCUCCCCCGAGGAGGAAGACAUGGCCCCCGUAUUCGCCCGCAUCCAUGACCCAGACGCCGCCCUAGCCUUCUUCUACUGGGCGCGCCGCCGACGCCCGCCCUGUGCCGAUCCGCUCGACUCCCUCGCCUACUCCGCCCUCCUUCUGCUCCUCGCCAGGUCCCGGCGCCUUCAUGAGGCUGCUCUCUUGCUCGAAGAGAUGAAGAGAGAGGGCCGGACUCCGAAUCGUGACGCUUCUGGCGCCCUGCUCGCUGCAUAUGCCAGUUCAGGCGCCAAGGGGAAGGCUUUGGAGGUUUACACGAUGAUGAAGGAUGAAGAUGGGGGUUUUCCUGACGUUUCUGACUGCAACUGCUUUUUAAAGGUGCUCGUAGAGCAGCGGGAUUAUGAUUUGGCCCGUCAAGUGUACGACGAAAUGGUUAAAAGAGAAGACGGGGCGGAUAAUUACAGCACUGGUAUAAUAGUCAAGGGUUUGUGCUUGGAAGGGAGGAUGGAUGAAGCUAAGAGCUUGAUCGAGGAUAGGUGGGGAGUCGGGUGCAUUCCUAAUGUAGUAUUCUACAACAUGCUAGUUGAUGGCUAUUGCAUUAAAGGCGACAUCAGGAGUGGAUAUGCUUUGUUCAGGGAGAUGCAGAUGAGAGGAUUCUUGCCCACUGUUGUAUCAUAUGGCAUAAUUAUCCAUGGAUUUUGCAUGAAAGGAAACAUUGUGGAUACAAAUAAGUUGAUUUUAGAAAUGAAAGCACGUGGAUUGCAACCGAAUGUCCAAAUCUAUAAUGAUGUGAUCAAUUCUCGAUGCAAACAUGGUUCAGUUAUCGAAGCAAAAGUAGUGUUGAGGCAAAUGAUUGGAAGUGGGCUUGAACCUGAUAUCAUUACAUAUGACAUUUUGAUAUCCAGCCUUUGUCGAGAUGGAAAGGUAAUGGAAGCUCAGCAGCUUCUUAAGGAAGCUGUAAACAGGAGGUUGGAACCAAAUAAAUUUAGUUAUACACCAAUAAUACAUGGAUAUUGUAGAAUAGGAGAGAUUAAUAUUGCAAUUAAUUUACUUGCUGAGAUGAUUGAGCGAGGUCAUAAACCUGACUUGGUAACUUAUGGAGUUAUAAUUCACGGGCUUGUCUCCGUGGGUGACAUGAACAAUGCAUUAGCAGUUAGGCAGAAAAUGUUGGAUAAGGCAGAAGUCCCAGAUGCUGCAAUUUAUAAUGUUCUAAUAAGUGGUCUCUGCAAGAAAGGGAUGUUUCCCUCUGCUAAGAAGCUGCUUUCUGAGAUGCUUGAUCAAAAUGUUGUCCCAGAUGAAUUUGUUUAUGCCACAUUGAUUGAUGGAUUAAUCAGAAAUGAGGAUCUCAAUGAGGCAAAGAAGAUUUUUGAGUUCAUGGAAAAGAAAGGAAUUAAACAUGGAAUUGUGGUGUACAAUGUUAUGAUUAAAGGUUAUUGUAAAUUUGGCAUGACUCCUGACGCACACUUGUUUCUCAAUAGAAUGAGAAAGGAUGGUUACUUCCCUGAUGAGUUCACUUACACAACACUUAUAAAUGGUUAUGCCAGACAAUGCAACUUGGACAUGGCUAUGCAGAUAUUCAUUGACAUGAUGAAGCGGAGAUGCAUACCAAAUGUAGUCACAUAUUCUGCUUUAAUCAAUGGAUAUUGUCGAAAUGGAGACACAGAUACAGCUGAAGCUUUAUUCAGAUAUAUGCAGUGUGGUAAGGUCAUACCUAAUGUUGUUACAUAUAGUAUUCUUAUAGGAACCUUUUUUAAAGUCGACAAAAAGGAUAAAGCUAUUUCGUAUUUUGAGGCCAUGUUGAAAAGCAAAUGUCUUCCUAAUGAUUUUACAUACCGUCACAUACUUGAUGGACUAACUGAUGAUAUUUAUAUUGCAUCAAUAAGAAACAGUAAUGUUGAGCAUCAACUUGAGCAUCCAGUUUUCAGUGUCUUCAGAAAUAUGGUUCUUGAUGGCUGGAAUCUCAAGACUGCUGCAUAUAAUGCUAUCAUUUUCUGCCUUUGCAAGCAUCUAAUGCUUAGAAAUGCAUUGGAAUUGAGAGAUAAAAUGUUAGAAAAGGGUUAUUUACCUGAUUCUCUCACAUUUCUUUUCCUUCUACAUGGAGUUUGUGCUCUCGGGAAGUCAAAAGAAUGGAACAAUAUUCUUUCGUGUCAGUUUCAGCAAAAUGAACUUGAGGUGGCUGUUAAAUAUGCCACGUUCAUCGAUGAGUUAUGGCAUCAUGGAAAAAGUUCUGAAGCUUCCUUAAUUUUGCAGACAUUGCUUGAAGACAGUCCACAAUCUCCGAAUAUGAGCCACCUGGUUUCUGUUUUAUAACAGUGAGCAGUGCACUUGGAUUUUGAAAAGAUGAGACCGCGAGAGGUAGUGCUUUUAUUUGAAUCGAUUGUAAAAGUUAGUAAAUGGCUAAGGCUAACAGGAAAAACAUUUCUUCCUUAAGUCACAUGUCAAAGGCAUGGAGAUGAGGUUAUACAGUUUGGCCAUGCAUACUACAUCUGAGUUGAGGUUCGAUUGUACCUUGAUAAGAAGCAAAAUUAUUGUCCCAGUCUAAAAAAAAUGCAUGCGGAUAAUCUUUAUGUGGAUAAACAUGGCUGCUUAGUUUUUGUGGAAAUUCAUUCCGAGUGUGUUGUAUGCAGAUUGAGCUUCUGAAGGUUAGGGACCAUAGGGUUGGGUGACGCAUGUAAUGAAGCCUCUGCAGGAUGGUUUUGCUUCGAAUGCAGAUAAUGCUAGUUGUGUAUUUGAUUCAGAGAUGCAUGCAGGAACCUCCUUAUUCAUUUCCAAAGUUGGAAGGGCUCAGUUGGAAGAUCCAAACAGUAGAUUCAUAUAUUUUUUUCAUUUUACUUGAAAACUAUAUGGAGAAAGCACUGAGGAGGGUGGAGUCUACCAGAGAUCCUGAGUUCAUUAGCAACUGAUGGCUCAACUUGCACUUCAAUUUUGACGCUGUUCACAGGCGCACAUCACAAUUCUCAAGUCACUAAAGUGAUGAAAAACAAGGCUAUCUUUACCAUGUUUCUCUUGUUUUUCUCGUAUAGGAUUUUAUACAAAAAUAAUGAUUCGUAUGAGCUAAUGUGAUCUUUGGAGGCUGUAUCUUUUUCCUUGCAUUGGUUUACUGAAGAAUAAACGAUAUACAGAGAAAGUUGGUUCUUUCUUUUU